ACGACAUAAAUCGAUCGUAUCACGUUCUACUGAGUCAUUAAAUUAAUGUAUCGUAUUUAUAAAGUGAUUUUCCAUAGCAACGGACUAGUGAGCUCAUUAAAUAGUUAAGAUACAACUCUCAAGGACAAAGAAAAGGUUAUAAUUUGUCUGUUGAAUAAUUCUCGUUAUAAAAUACGCGUAUAAAUUUUGUGUACACCUGUUAGAAUUUAGAGGACAAUAAAAUGGAUACGAAUAGACGCUUUGAUCAAUUUUCGGGUUAUAUGUUUGGGAAGUCGAAAAGGAUUCGUAACAAAAAUUGGGAAUUGUUGGAAAUACAAGUACUGAAGAAAAUGAUUGACAACCAUUACGAACUACUUAAUUCGCGCCACACUAAUGCCAUGAUAAAUGCCAGGAAAAAUCUUGUUUGGAAAAGAAUAACUGAUAGUAUAAAUGCACUAGGAUUACAUAGACGAACUGUUAGAGAAUUAAAAAUUAAAUGGUCUAACAUGAGAUUGACAGAGAAGAGAAAGUCAUCCGGAAGUCUACACACAUCAGGUUCACAAGGUUAUGACGCCGAACGUACAGACGAUGUAGUAGAUGUUUCGCAGUCGUCGUACGAGUCUGAGAGCCAGCUUCAUUCACCAAUUGAACAAGGACAAACACAAAAUCAAGAAGAUGUAAUCAUUUCAAAUAACGUUACAAGCGUCAAUAGUACUUUACAACACCAACAACUUUCGUUUUGUGACUCUAAUAUUAUUCAAAACCAUCACCUUGGAAAUAAUAAUGAAUUAAACAGACCUACCGGGAGGCUGAAUACUGUCGAACCAACCUUGCCAGUCCAAAAGCACCAUUCCGUUAAUAUUGAAAAUGAAAUGUCAACUAGUCAAAUAACAUCAUGGCCUCUUGCAGAAUAUUCCUCGACAAAACUCAGACAAAACUCAGGUGAACAUGGUGAAAGUACAUUUCAAAAUUCGUCAAAAGACAAUGUUUUGGACUUUAGUCAGGAUAGAAUCUUUAUGCCGGGUGUAGUGAUAAAACCAGAACCAAACAACUUUCAACAAAUGGUUAAUGUGAGGGACACAGACAGUUCUGUUCGUCGAAUUCCAGAACUUCGAUCGACUGCCAUCCAAACCGAAUGGAAAUUAUCUGAUGUCGAAGAUUACGUGUGUCCAUCAUUAUCUUUUUCCGAGAGAGAUAUUUCAGCUAUUAAAUUCGAGAUUUUGAAUCUUGAAAAAACAAAUCUACUCUUGAAAAACGAAAACAUGGAAUUACAAAAUGACAAAUUAAGAUUGGAAAUAUCAAGACAUCAAAGUGGCUUGUAACAUAUAGAGCCAACAUAUAUACAUAUGCAAAUGCAAAAUCAUCAUAUUUCUCUCGAACAAAGGCCAGGAUAUCCGUUUUACUUUGUCUGUAUAAUAGUAGCUAGAUCUAUGUUCAAAACUUUGAUAACCAUCUGUAAAAAUACAGUAUCUAUGAUUUGUUGUCAUAAAGGGGUAUAAUUAUCGCUCAAUAGGCAACUCUAUUGACAUAAAAUUAUCUUAUCAUUUGCAUUAAUA